CAUAGACAAGGGCAAAAACUAAUUUGUAUUCUUUGUCUUACCUGUAUUUUCUCUCUUACUUAAAAAUAUUUAUUAGCUUGAUAGAGAAAAAAGUUGAUGGACUGAGAGAUAGAGAGCUUUGACACAUUAAUUCACUUCCUAGAUAACCAUACCAAACAGGUGGGGCAGGACUGAAGCCAGGAUUGAGGAAUGGAAUCUAGGCCUCCUUCAUUGGUGACAUCACCAUUGCUUCCCCAGGUUUGCAUUAUCUGGGAGCUAGAAACUACAGCUGGCAUUGGAAGUCAUGGACACUCUGAGGUGGCAUCAUAAACAACACUAAGCUAAAUGUCUGCCCUGUCUUUUAAUAUAUUUUUUCUCUGACAUAUUGGAAAUGAUAUGCAUGGUGUUUUCCUGGAAAUUGUUUUCUGUUCAUUCCCAUCAUAGUUUCACUGAUGGUUUCUUGCCUUUUUUUCUCGAUGCUUCUACAUACUUCUCCUUAACAUUGCCCAGUCAAGAGUCAGUAUUGCCCCUCUUCUAGCCUGCUGUGCAAUUCCCCUUGAAUGAUGUGGCAUUUGUGAUUUGAACCUCCUGUUUCCCUCUAGGUUGGGCAUUUCUCACAGCCUGUAGAUCAUGGGUUUGACUCUGUUGAAUGCUCUGUGUGGCUUUCUAAACACUCAACAAGUCUAAUGUGAAACCAUAUCCUUCCUUUUUUCCUUCAUAUCCAUACACAACUGUCAGUGUUUAUUUUGUGAUAGAGUUAACAUGUUGACUGGAAGUGUAUUAUUAUAGGUGAUGACAGCAUUUGAAGACCUGGCUGUGUACUUUACGUGGGAGGAAUGGCAGAACAUGAACAAUGCUCAGAAGAUCCUGUACAGAGAUGUUAUGCUGGAGACCUACAGCAACCUGUUCUCCUUGGGGCACUGCAUUACCAAACCUGACUUGAUCUUCAAGUUGGAGCAAGGAGAAGAGCCAUGGAUGGUGGAUGAAUGCUUGAAUCAGAGCCUUUCAGUGGGCAUGAAAAGGGAUGACCUGAUUAGGAUCAACCAGGAAAGUCAGGACAACAAUCUGAAUCAGGAUUUUAUGAAAAAUAAGAAGACAUCAGCUCUCAAGAGAGUUGAAUUAAGAAAAACACUUAGUUUAAAUUCAAGCCAUAUUCCAACACUGAUUAUUCAAAAGGGAAUCUAUUCAGGAUUGAAGCCUGAGGAAUGGAAUAAAUGUCACACUGUGUAUCCCCACAGUGGGCCUGAUCAACUACAGGCUGGAGAGAAAUUUGAUAACACUAAGAUACCUGGAAAAUCUCUCCAGUUCUGUGAGCCUCUUGGUCAGCUUGACAAUAUUCACAUGAUGAAGCAGACAUUUGGACCCACUGGACAAGCAAAAGUCUUCACAAGAAAGAUGUUCUAUAAAUCUGAGAGGGUUCAUAUGGCAGAAAACUGUAAUAAGUCAACUGUCACUUUUGGAAAAGCAACGCAAAUAGAAAAAGCUAUCCAUGAAAAUUCUAGCCUCAAUAUGCAUCAACAAACUCACACAAGAAAGAAAUUUUAUAAGUACAUUAUGUAUGUUGAACCUGUCAUUCACCAGUCACAUCUUGCAAUAAACCAAAGACUAAAUACAAGGGAAAAACUUUACACAUGUAAACCUUGUGGAAAAUCACUCAGUUUGAAUUCACCUUCUGAAUGUAAUGACUGUGGAAAAGCCUUUGGACAAAAGUCAGUCCUCAGGAAACAACAGAAAGUUCACAGAGGGGAGAAACCUCAUGAAUGUAGUGACUGUGGAAAAGCCUUUACACAAAAGUCAUACCUCAUACACCAUCAGCGAAUUCACACAGGAGAGAAACUUCAUAAAUGCCUUCACUGUGGAAAAGGCUUUCUGUGGAAGUCAGACCUCAUAGUACACCAGAGAAAUCACACAGGGGAGAAACCUCAUAAAUGUAAUGACUGUGGAAAAGCCUUUGGACGAAAGUCAGACCUCAUCAUACACCAGCAAAUUCACACCGGAGAGAAACCUCAUAAAUGUAAUGACUGUGGAAAAGCCUUUGGAAAAAAGUCAGCCCUCCUCAUACAUCAGCGAAUUCACACAGGGGAGAAACCUCAUAAAUGUAAUGACUGUGGAAAAGCCUUUGGACGAAAGUCACACCUCAUCAUCCACCAGCAAAUUCACACAGGGGAGAAACCUCAUACAUGUAAUGACUGUGGAAAAGCCUUUGGACACAACUCAAGCCUCAGGAAACAUCAGCAAAUUCACACGGGGCAGAAACCUCAUAAAUGUAAUGACUGUGGAAAAGCCUUUGGACAAAAUUCACACCUCAUCAUACACCAACGAAUUCACACAGGGGAGAAGCCUCAUACAUGUAAUGACUGUGGAAAAGCCUUUGGACAAAAGUCAGCCCUCCUCAUACAUCAGCGAAUUCACACAGGGGAGAAACCUCAUAAAUGUAAUGACUGUGGAAAAGCCUUUGGACACAACUCAGGCCUCAGGAAACAUCAGCAAACUCACACAGGGCAGAAACCUCAUAAAUGUAAUGACUGUGGAAAAGCCUUUGGACAAAAUUCACACCUCAUCAUACACCAACGAAUUCACACAGGGGAGAAACCUCAUACAUGUAAUGACUGUGGAAAAGCCUUUGGACGAAAGUCAGCCCUCCUCAUACAUCAGCAAAUUCACACAGGGCAGAAACCUCAUAAAUGUAAUGACUGUGGAAAAGCCUUUGGACGAAAGUCAAUCCUCAUCAUACACCAGCAAAUUCACACAGGGGAGAAACGUCAUAAAUGUAAUGACUGUGGAAAAGCCUUUGGACACAACUCAGGCCUCAGGAAACAUCAGCAAAUUCACACCGGAGAGAAACCUCAUAGAUGUAAUGACUGUGGAAAAGCCUUUGGACGAAAGUCAGCCCUCCUCAUACAUCAGCGAAUUCACACAGGGGAGAAACCUCAUAAAUGUAAUGACUGUGGAAAAGCCUUUGGACAAAAGUCAGCCCUCCUCAUACAUCAGCGAAUUCACACAGGGGAGAAACCUCAUAAAUGUAAUGACUGUGGAAAAGCCUUUGGACGAAAGUCACACCUCAUCAUCCACCAGCAAAUUCACACAGGGGAGAAACCUCAUAAAUGUAAUGACUGUGGAAAAGCCUUUGGACAAAAGUCAGCCCUCCUCAUACAUCAGCGAAUUCACACAGGGGAGAAACCUCAUAAAUGUAAUGAGUGUGGAAAAGCCUUUGGACGAAAGUCACACCUCAUCAUACACCAACGAAUUCACACAGGGGAGAAACCUCAUAAAUGUAAUGACUGUGGAAAAGCCUUUGGACAAAGGUCAGCCCUCCUCAUACAUCAGCGAAUUCACACAGGAGAGAAACCUCAUAAAUGUAAUGACUGUGGAAAAGCCUUUGGACAAAAGUCAGCCCUCCUCAUACAUCAGCGAAUUCACACAGGGCAGAAACCUCAUAAAUGUAAUGACUGUGGAAAAGCCUUUGGACGAAAGUCACACCUCAUCAUACACCAGCAAAUUCACACAGGGGAGAAACCUCAUAAAUGUAAUGACUGUGGAAAAGCCUUUGGACACAAGUCAGGCCUCAUGAUACAUCAGCGAAUUCACACAGGGGAGAAACCUUAUGAAUGUAAUGACUGUGGAAAAGCCUUUGGAUGAAAGACAAACCUCAUAUCACAGCAGAGAAUUCACACAGGGUAUAAAACUCAUGACUGUAAUAACUGUGGAGAGCAAUUAGCCGUAAGUCAACCUUCAUCAUGCAUCAGAGAAUUCACACAGGGCAGAAACAUUAUGAAUGUAAUGACUGGAAAAGCCUUUGGACAAAAGUCACACCUCAUAAUGCACCAGAGAAUGCACACAGUAUUGAAACUUCAUGAGUGUAAUGACUGGAAAAACUUAAGUUCCAACUCCAAAUGCAUCAGAGGAUUCACACAGGGAAAUAACCUUAUAAAUGUAAUGACUGCAGAAAAUCCUUUUUCUGUAAGUUAUACUCAUAUCAAAACAAUUCACACAGGGCAGCACUUCAGGUCAGGGCAUUAACCUGCUGUGACACAGUGCUGGCCCCUGUAGUACACUUUUGUAUUAAUUUAACUUAUAAUUUUUUAUAACCUUUUUUGUUGCAUUAUUCCCUGCUCCUGCAGGUGGCCCUCAUUUUUAUUGAAAAUGUGUAUUUUUAUUCCUUCCAAUUUACAAAGUCCUUUCUGGAUUGAUAUAAAUCUGAUUUACAUUCAGUUAGUUCCUCAGGAUACCCUCAGGAGGAACACUUUUCCUAGGUUGCUUGGCUAUCCCAUGAUAACAGGGCUACAAAUGCUAUGAUGCAUCUAGCUUCAGUAGCUCUUUUAUUUCCCAUCUAGAUAAUAGCUGUGCAACUAAUCCAUUCCACCUCCAUUACUACCCAUAAGAAAUAGCUCUUCAUCCCUGUUUAAGUCCCCACAGCUUCUUGCAAGUGUUCAUCAAAUUAAAUCUUAUUAUAAACAGAUUUAAUAGAAAAUGAAUGAUGUAGCUGCUGGUAGUUUCAGUGAGGUUGAAUGAUUUGCUGGACUGCUGUUUUGUCUGGGUUAUCUUUCAUAUUACUUAGAACUAAUUUUUCACAAUAUUACUUGCCUGAGCACUUUUUCCUAGGCUCCCAGCUAAACAGGUGUUUGAAGACUAGGUUUACUGUUAAUUCUCACUAAGGACAGAGGUCCCACAUUGAGAGCACAGAUCCUUAUGUGGUCCUUGGGACAUAGUGAAUAUUAUACCCACUUGAUUUAGUACUCAGGCACUGGUCUCCAUUGAAGAGAAGAACUCAGCUGAACAGAAUAUAACUCAUUUCUGAUUCAAAAAAGAUUUACCAUGCCAAACCUGGGUGUGUCACCUUAGACAUACCCUUUCCCCUUGAAAACUGAACAGAGCUCUCUGGCCACACCCACUACAAGCCUCUAGAGAUUCAGUAAAAGCAGAAAGUCCAUUUAUCUACAGUCAUAAUACAAUGAUAAAAACUGCCAGAAAAAAAAAAAAAAAACGAGUAUUUCCACAAAUGCCAAAUGGAAGAAGCAAGAAUAAGGAAAACAUCAUCAUGCUCCCAAAAGAAUAUGGCAUUUCAAUACUAGGUCAUGAAGAUGAUGAGAGAAGAAAUGCAAGAAAUAGAACUCAAAAAUUUGGUCAUAAGAUUACAUAGAAGUAAUCAAAAGCAAAUGCACAAACUACUGAAAUCCAUGAAGGACAUGAAAGAAAAUCUCUCCCAUGAAGUAAAAAUAUCAGGAGGAAUCAAGAUGAAAUGAAGAAUUCAACAGAAUAUGAAACUGAGAUAUUAAAAGAAAUCAAAAUGAAAUGAAGAACUCAAUACAACAAAUAAAUGCAGUGGAGAGCCUUAAAAAUAGAAUCAGUGAGGCGGAAAAGAGAAUACCAGACUUAGUAGACAGUACAGGAAAGUAUACAGUCAUACCAAACAUAAGAACAGGAGAUUAGAAACAUCCUUGCCAUAACACAUUGUAAUCAAACUGCCACAGUGAAACAAAAAGAGAAGAAUCUAAAACGUGUAAGAGAGAAACAUCAGAUUACUCUCAGAGGAUCUCCAAUUAGACUCACAGCAGACUUCUCAUCAGAAACCCUGCAGGCUAAGAGAAAAUGGCAAAAUCUAGCCCAAGUCCUAAGAGAAUAAAGCUGUCAUCCCAGAUUAUUAUACCCUGCAAAGCUCUCGUUUGUGAAUGAAGGUGAAAUAAAGACCUUUCAUAACAAACAGAAAUUGAAAGAAUUUGCCACCACUUGCCCAGACCAGCAAGAUUUCUUCUUUUUAUUCCACUGUGGUGGAUUUUAUUUUUGUACUAUGACUCUAGAUAAGUGGACUUUCUGCCUUCACUGAAUCUCUGGAGGCUUGUAGUGGGUGUGGCCAGAGAACUCUUCAGUCUCCAGGGUUAAGGGUAUACCUCAGGUGGGCAUGUUAAGUCUUAUUUCUCCUUUUUUUAAUCAGAAGGGAAGUAUAUUAUGCUCAGAACUGGAAAGUGAGGUGAGACAAGAUCACAGUAGCCUGAGCCACCAGCAAAAAUGUGGAGAGACACCAGCUAAUCAAUCAGGCUAUUUGGGUUAUAUUACAGGUAUUGUUAAAAUGUGAAGUCAUGCUAAAUUUUAAGUUUUGAUAAUAUAAAAUGCCACUGAUACAAAUGUCUGAAAGUUAAAAAGUCUAAUGAUCUUGUGUUACUAGACACGAUGGUUAUCUUAAUGAGAAAGGCCCAGAGGCCUAAAAGAAUUAAAUGUUUUGUAAAAUCCUACAGGUGCUUUUGAAAAUACUGUGUAAAGUAAGCAAAUGUCUCUUGUUGGUUAAUGAGUUUAUCAUGUUAAACAUAGCUAUUUAAAAUCUUUUCUCAUCCACAGUUUUGUAUAUCAGAUUUGCUGCUCUAAACUAAAACAUUGUUGGUUCUGUGUUUAGCUGCCGUCCUAUAGGUUCUGAUGGAUUUUUCCCAGCCACUUCUAUUGAAUUCAGUAAUUUUGAAUUGUUCUGUAAACAGAUGAAGUGAAUAAUGCACUACAGGUUCCAACUGGAAGAAAGUAUGGUUAAUCAAGUUUACCAAGAACAGAAAGUAAUUUUAAUUGGUUGGUAAUAAAAAAAUCAGCUAAAGAUUUUAGGAAACUAUUACUAAAACUUCUUUAUUGUUCUACCUUGUAUGUUGUGUUAUGUGUGUGUUCAUAUUGUAUGUCUACAUGGGAAAAUUUAUUUUGAGCUCUAUCUUAAUUGGUUUAUAAAGGAAAGAUUGCUCAUAAAUUUAAUAGCUAAAAUUAAUUGAAGAUACAUUUGAUUCACGUGACCUAAUUGUCAGAUGUUUUAAAUUUGUUGAUAGAAACUAAAAAAUGUUUUAUGUUUCUGUUUGCUGUUUAAACAAGCCACUUCAUAUUAGAUAUUUAAGAUAUAUUUAAAUACAUGUAUUAAAAUUUAUAGAAGGCAUUGGACCUACACUAAUUAUUUUAUAAGCUAUUAUUUAAUGGUCAAAACCACUUGCUAAGAUUCAAUUUGAUAUUGUCAGUGAGCAUUCUGGCAAGCCUGACUUGCUCCCACAUUUCUCUAGAUGGGACACUGACUCUGUCCUGAGGGAUUCCUCAAGAUGUAGUUUGAUUUUUAGAUCUUAUGAAAGGAGUGACUAACAUAUUCUGUGUAACAAUAUAGCCAAAAUGAGAGCUUAAAUCAUAAUUUCGCAGCUGGAUUUACUUCACCAAGGGAACCCA